AUGUCGUAUGCCAGCGACAAACUGUACAAUGGAUACCUGCGGCGAAAGAUGCCAACCAUUGUGUCCAAGGUGAAAGUGAGAGAAAUAAUUGUCCACCUGCCCUGCCUCACUGCUCACGACAGGGAAAAUAUGUAGGCUAAAAGAGAGAAUUAUGGGAACUUUGACAGCAUGGUGCUUCUUCUGGACUGUCUAAAGAGGAGAGAGAACUGGCCAGAGCAGUUCAUCCAGGCUCUAGAGGAGUGUGAACAUUCAAGUGUAGCAGCUGAGAUCAGGGCGGAAUAUGACGCUUUGAGAGGAGUGGACAAUUCCGGCUCCUCUCCUUCAGCAACUGUCACCAGGGCACACGUCCAUCCAGCUCCAGCUGCCAGUCCUGUUCAGGAGAGCGUGACUGGAAGUGGAGAUGUUGCUACUAAUGCUGUUGUUGUUCAGCCAACAGAAAGGGCUGAAGCUUCUCCAAAUUCUGCCCCUCAAGCCUCACCUCCCCUGAAGGCUCCUGUUCAACCGCAGGAUCCAAACUCCACAGUCCAGCAGCCCAACAAUACCGACACAUUUUCUCCUUCAGAUGUUGUUUCUCCACCAGAAGUCAUUUCUCCACCUGAAGCUGUUUCUGUACCAGAGGCUGUUUCUCCACCUGAAGCUGUCCCUGAGCCCAGAGAGUCAACUCAGAUUCAAAUGGUAGCUCCUCUGGUAACACCUCCUCCCACCCCUGAGACUCCACACACUCACAGGGAGAUUACAGCUCACCAGGAACCAGAGGAGAACUCUGAAUCAGACAUCCAGGCUAUUACUGGUGUCACUGUUCUGCCUAAUAAAAUAAACACAACAGAGAUGGAGGUGUUAACUGACUCUACUGCAAAUUCACCCCCGUCUCAUCCUGGUGGACAGAGUGAAACCAACACCACAUCUGACCCAGAUCCUUCCAAAACCACAUCAGUUGCAGAUGUCCAAGCACCUCAGAUUCAGGCAAACUCAGACGUAACAGACGGAUCCUCUUUCCUCACCUUAACCCCAGAGAAGCCUCCAGUACAGGACACCACCCCACCUGUGGUACUUCCAGUUGUUGUGGAACCUGAGGAGUCAACUGAACCCUCCACAAAUGUACAGGAAACUGAAAGCAGCAGACAGACGGAAGCAGCAGCUUCAAACUCCCUACCAGACGACUGUGCCACUGAGCACAACACCUCAUAUCUGAGCAAGCCAGAAGUACUCAUCAGUGUCCAACUGCAGAAUCAUGACAGUCCCAGCAUCUCUGCACAAACUCCAUCAGAGGAGCCGUACUCAGGUGACAGCAGGCGUCUGGAACUAAGCACCUCCAUAUCGGGGAGCCACGCUGUUUCCCUCACUCACGUUCCUGUCUGCUCCACUGUCUCCUUCGCCACAGUGAACACUGUGUCUGAGCUGACCUGUCAGGAGAAUAGCACUGGACAUGACCUUGAGGAACCAGAGGAGAACCACUACGAGUCUCCUCCUGACAGUUUGGAAACUGAGGAGGUGCUGGUAAAUGUGCUGCAAACUUCUGAGGAGCCUUCAAUUCUAAACAUGGAUUUGCCAACUCAGAUCAUCAAUGGGAAAGCAGCAGAAGCGAUGGCUCCUUCUUCACCAUCAUCUAACACCACCAGCAGCAGCUGUUCUACUGCAGAUGGUGCUUUUGGUUCAAAAACGGUCUGUGGAGACAUCAGCCCCCCCAUGAGGUCUGGUGUAGUUGAUAAUAAACCAGAGCUGCAAACAGUGAUACAGUCAGAAGAAGACAAACGCAUACGUAAAUUUUCUACCCACACCAAGUACAUUGUGACUGCAGCAGGUGUUGGAGCCAUUGCAGUGCUGAUGGCAUGGAAGUUCAGGAAUUAAAGGGACUUUUUUAGGAUGAGAAGAUUUGUGAAACUUUGUGAGGAGGAUAACAAGGGUUUGGUGCCUUUCUGACUGGCCUGGACUGUCAGUUCAAAGCAGUUUUUAAUGAUCAUCUAAAAAAUGAGAGCUGCUUCUCCUAGUGAAAAGGUGUAUCGUUAGAUCUGAAUGUGUAUUGAAUUUAAAGCGAACAAAAAACCAAACUUACCCUUUUUAUAAAUUCUCUGACACAUUAUAGCGUCCUCAGGUGAUUGAAGCUACACAUACUGUAUGGAGCUGAUAAUGAUACAAAUGUUUGUAUCUGAAAUGCACUUUGACUGUAGGGUUAUGGGCUGUUCUCUGUUGUUGAUUAUUAGACCGGUUAUUACUGAAUGAAUGAAGCAGUGAUAGCAUAAAUAUUUGGAUCACACAUUUUAUUUCCGUUUGGACUUUAGAGAAACUUUAUAAAUGACUUAUGCACUGUUUGUAUUUAUUUGUACAUACAUAUAUAUAUAUAUGCAUUGAAGAAUUUUUGGGUGUUUAAAAAUGAUCCAGCGAGCUCGACAUAAUAUUCAGCAGUCUUCCAAUACUCAAAUAUUGUUUUUUCUUUGAUAGUACAAUUCUUUAAUAUUAAGUAUGAUGGUAAUUUGUUUUUUUCAUUUGUGCUUGAUACAUAAAGAGCAUUCCUUUUUUAAAUUUAAAUAACCAUUAAACUACUAGUCUUAAAAAUGUAUCAUUAAGUCAUCAGGAUUAAGUGUGCUAAAAAACAUUUUUUCUGUGCUUUUUUUUGUUUUCUUCACAUAUAAACAAUUUUGUCUUAUCAAGUACUAUGAUGUAAGAUCUUACUGUAAACAGUGUGGGCAGAGAAUGUACAUGGUCAGCAAGACAGGAAUUAGGCAUGUUGUCAGAGUGACUGAUGGGUUCAAGGUAGUGGGUGAAUGAAAAGAGGUGAAAAAGGGUGGAUGCAGGAGGAUUUGAUGGAGACAAGGGAAUAUCUGUGACAGAACAAUAGCAGCAAAGUUAAAAGGGAAGAGUUAUAAAACAGUAGUGAGACCUGCUAUGAUGUAUGGUUUAGAGACAGUGGCUCAGUCUAAUAGGAAGGUGGAGCAGUUUGGAGAUAAAGCUAGAGAGGUGAGGUUGCAGUGGUUUGGAUAUGUCUUCUAGAUACUGGAUAUAGAGUGAGAUGGAGGCUGGAAGAAGAAGUUUAAUCCUGUAGUGAAUAGAAAUAAAAAUAUUGAGGUACAAAUAUUUAAAAUGUAAAUUGUAAUGCUUGCACUAUUUGCUGGCUUUACACUCUGCAAUCGUGUCUGUAAACCUUUUUAAAUAUAAAGAAGUAUCUAUUCCUUA